CGAACAUGUGGCACAUUGUCAAGCAGCGUAGCCAGUGACGCGCGAGGCAGCGUCCACGUCGAAGUGCAUUGUGUGUAUGGCAAGAGCGAUUGGAAGAGCGACUGCAAGCAUAGAGCAGCAGCGAUCACUGGACGUCUUUCGACUGUGACUCAGCAGUCACCUAUAUCUACCCCAUCAUGUUCGCCAAUCAGCAUAAUGCCUAUUCCUCAUCCCAGCCCUACGCAGCCUCAGCUGAACCACUUGCAUUCUUUAACGGAGCCAACGCAGCUGGAUCUUCGUCCUCUUCGCCAUACUAUUCCGGAUCGAGAUCAUCUCUGGAGGGAAAUAUGGGAGUUGGGGGAGGAGGAGCAGGUGCAGGCGGAUAUGCGACCGGAACCAUGUCUAGCAGUGCGAGGCUCGGGAAUAUGGUCAGUUCAGGUGAAGGUCGAUGGUGGGAAGCUUUUGGCACUGGAGGUUUGGAUGGAGAGCCGAGUCUGAUGGAGGAGCUUGGCAUCAAUCCUUCGCAUAUCCUUCAAAAGAGCUUGACAGUGCUCAACCCUUUAUCGAGGGUAGAUGAACACAUCAUGGACGAUGCAGAUCUAGCGGGACCGUUUGUGUUCUGCUUCGCCUUUGCAUUUGUGCUCUUGCUAUCCGGCAAACCUCAAUUCUCCUACAUCUACGGUGUCGGUCUCCUCGGCACUACCGCCAUCUAUCUCCUCCUCAACCUCAUGUCCGACAAUGGUAUAGAUGCCUAUCGAACCGCUUCUGUCCUUGGAUACUGUCUCAUACCGAUGAUCUUCCUAGGAUCUCUGGGCAUAGGAAUCGGUAUCGACUCAGCCAUCGGAUAUAUCCUCUCUGUCAUUUCCAUCAUCUGGUGUACACACUCGGCAUCUCAAAUCUUCGUCUCGGUUCUGAGGAUGGACCAUCAGAGGCUGCUUGUGGCGUAUCCUGUCGGUCUCCUGUAUGGAUGUUUCGCGUUGUUGAGUAUAUUCAACGUGAAUCAGAAGAAGUAGGCGUUCAUUGCUUCCAUGAGAUCCUAGCUGCGGCAACACGAGGG